AUGGUCCAAAAAGUCAAAGCUUUCGAAUUGAGAGAUAAGUCCAACGAAGACCUCAAGAAGCAAUUGGAUGCUAUGAAGCAAGAACUCUUCCAAUUGAGAGUCCAAAAGGUCACUGGUGCUUCCACUGCCAACCUCUUGAACAUCAAGGUCGUCAGAAAGAAUAUUGCUAGAAUUAAGACUGUUAUCGUCAGUAAGCAAAGAGAUGAAUUGAAGAAGGUCUAUGAAAAGUCCAAGUUCAAGCCAAAGGAUUUGAGAGUUAAGCAAACCCGUGCCUUCAGAAGAUCCCUCAAGACUUAUCAAUUGAAGAAGAAGUUGUUGAAGACCCAAAAGAAGGAAGCCAACUUCCCAGUUAGACGUUUCGCUGUUACCAUGCAAUAA